AUGGCGGCGGCGGCGACGACGACGACGACGCAGCCUCCUCCUCCUCCGCAUUUCCUCGCCGGCAAGAAAAUCAUCGUCGCCGGCUGCGGCAUGGCCGGCCUGUCCUUCGCCAUCGCCCUGCGCAGGCUCUGGGACUCAGCCCCGCCGUCCGCCGGGUCCGCGCCCGAGCUGCUGCUCCUCGACCGCGACGGCCGCCGCAUCGGCCCCGCCCGCGAGGGCUACUCGCUGUCCCUGCACGGCGCCGACGCCGACGGCGGGCUCAUCGCCUGCCGCGACCUCGGCCUGCUCGACGAGAUGCUCGCCCGCGCCGUCGCCGGGGACGGUGCUGCGGGCGACGGCGCGGGAGGGUUUCGCAUCUGGGACGCCUCCGCCUGGCGCGAGCUGCUGCGCGUCAACGCCGCGCCGCACGCCGGCCUGCCCACGGCGGUCAUCCGCAUCACGCGACGGGACGUCCGCGACGUGCUCAUCGAGGGCGUCGAGCGGACUGACGCCAUCCGCUGGCACCGGACGUGCACCGCGGCGGAGCGCCUCCCAAACGGCAUGAUACGCGUGCACAUCUCCCCGUCCCCCAGCGCCGGCGCUGGCGAUGGCCAUCCUGAGCCGCCGACCACCGAGGACUGCCACCUCCUCAUCGCCGCCGACGGCGCGCACAGCAAGUUGCGCGCCAGCCUGCGACCCGGCCGCGACGCCCUCCUCCGCUACGCCGGCGCCGUGCAACUCGGCGGCGUGGGCCGCUUCCCGGGGGGCCUCCCGCCGCCCCUCGAUAGGGAUUGGGGCAUGGUGCUCACGGGCGAGGGCGCGGCGUGCUUCUUCUCCCCCGUCGACAAGACCGGCGUCGUCUGGGCGCUGAGCCGGCUCGAGCCCGAGAGCGCGCGCCCCGUGGCGUACGACCGCACGUCGGCGACGGCCUUUGCGGCGCUCAAGGACGAGGCCCUCGCUCUUGGGCGAUCCAUCGCGGAGCCGUUCCCCAGCGUCGUGCGCGCCACGGAGCAGGACACGUCGUUUGUGUUGCCGGCACGGGACCUGGAGCCGUUUGGCCACAUCGAUGCCGAUGGGUCCCUCCCCCUCCCCGGCGUCGUCUUCCUCGGCGACAGCAACCAUGCCGUCAGCCCGUUUGCCGGCAACGGCGCCAACCUGGCCCUCAAAGACGGCUGGGACCUGGCCAGCCGGCUGUGCGCGGCGGGUUCGCUCGACGAGGCCGUCACGGCGUACGACGCGCUGGCGCUUCCGCGGGCACGGCGGACGCUCAAGACGUCGCGCGACCGCAUCGCCAUGGGACACUGGACGGGGUGGCGGUACUGGCGCUUCAGGAUCGUCUUGUGGUUUGGCACCUGGUUCAUGUGGCUGGCUGGCCGAUAG